AUGCACGAGAUGAUUGCCGUGCAACACGACGAGGAGCACGCUCCCGACAGACCCCAACGGCAAGAAAGCCUCAUCUCCAACAGUAGCGUGACCAUCGACAUCCCAUCGGUAGAGCAGCCCAAGACAGGAGAUGAACGCCCUCCAUCCGGUCGGACCGUUUCGGAGGACAGGGACGCUGAAGAUGAUAGCCACCUGAAAGGAGGGAUGGAAAUCUAUUGGGAAGAUAUCCGAUAUGGCGUGUCUGUUGGAAGCGGAAAGACGAAAGGGACGAAGGAAAUUCUAAAGGGGGAUACGGGCCGCGCGAAGCCUGGAGAGCUCAUUGCAAUCAUGGGCGGAUCUGGAGGGGGCAAAACAACUUUGCUCAACAUGCUGGCAGGCCGUGUCCCUGUCGGUAAACCGACGGGCAUCAUCUUGGCGAAUGGAAAGAUCCGCGAGAAACGCAAAUGGAAGCGGACGGUCGGUUACGUUGAGCAAGAGGAUCUGAUGUACGAGAACCUGACGGUGCGAGAGACAUUAAUGGUCGCCGCGAUGCUCCGACUGUCGUCCCGAAAAUACAAAAAGGAGGAGAAAAUCCAACGCGUGGAGAAGAUCAUGGAAGAUUUGGGCAUUUCGCAUAUCGCGGACUCCCGGAUUGGGAACUCAACUAGGGGAGGGAUCUCGGGUGGGGAGAAGAAGCGUGUAUCCAUCGGGAUCGAGCUCGUGACAGAUCCGGCCGUUCUUUUCUGCGACGAGCCGACAACGGGUCUGGACGCGGCAACGGCGAACCACAUCUGCGAUAUGCUCAAACGCCUGGCCAGGAAGACUGCCAAGACCAUCAUUAUCACGAUCCACAUGCCUCGCGAGACGAUUUUGGACAUGAUCGACAAGGUCGCGCUGAUGUCUAAAGGACGGAUGGUGUGGUUUGGACCCGCAUCAGAUGCCUUGGAGCACUUCGAGUCGCUCGGCCAUAAAUGCCCAGAAAGGACGAACCCUGCUGAUUUCUUCCUCGACCUCAUCCAAGUCGAUCAGCGCGACGAGGAGUCGAAAAAGACGGUUGAGAAGCUGGUUGAGGAGUGGAAGAAAGUGGAGAAGAAACACAUCCCCCCCAUCAAGGACAAUGAGCGGGACAAGGCUGAAGAUCAGCAGAACGCUCAAAAGAGCAAACAAGGGCGCCAAGAGUUGUCCAAGAAAUGGGACGAUGGAGAAGAUCAAUUCGGAGCGAGUUGGUUCACUGAAUUUACGGUGCUUCUGGAACGGAAUUUCAAGCAAAUCCUGCGAGACAAGACGAUUCUCGUUUCCAGCCUGGCGCAACAAAUCCUCAUCUUGCUGAUGAUCGGAUUGGUCUUCCUGCGGUUGAAGAAAGACCAAGCCGGGGUCCAGAAUCGCAUCGGUGUUUUGUUCUUCAUCUGUAUCAAUCAAACAUUCUCCUUCUUGAUGCCCAUCAUCACUGUUUGGCCGCUUGAGCGACGCAUCAUUCUUCGCGAGCGAGCGAGUGGAACGUACAGGACUACCUCUGUGUAUCUCGCCAAGGCCGUCUCCCAAAUGCCCACCGCGUUCGUGUUUUCGCUGGUCUUUGCAAUCCCUGUGUAUUGGAUCGUGGGGCUGCAUGCAAAUGGAAUCCGAUAUGUUCUUUUCCUGGUCAUCACUGAGUGCCUCGUGUUCGCUGCCCAAUCGCUUGGAAUGCUCAUCGGAUCAUCUGUACCCAACGUGCAAAUGGCCCAAAUCUUUGGACCGUUGGUCGUGGUCACGUUCGUGGUUUUCGGAGGAAACUUCGCAAAUCAGGACUCUAUCACGCCCGUCUUGCGCUGGAUCCAAUGGAUAUCUCCCAUUCGUUAUGCAUAUGGAGCCUUCAUGCAAAACGAGUUCAACGGACUCCAGUUCGAGUGCGGAAGCUCUUCAGGUGGAGCAGGAGGGGGCCGCUCAUGCUCCCCGGAAGGGGAGAGUGCCGUCAGUGGCAUAGGAUUGGACAAACCAGGAGUUGGCAUUUGCAUUUUGCUUGUGAUUUGCCUUGGGGUUGUCUUCCAACUCGCCGCAUCACUUAUGCUGCGUCGCACCACGGCUCUCAGGACCAUCAUCAUUUAA